AUGGCGGCCCUCGUCGCAGCCAUCGCCGCCGCGGCUCUGCCCGCCACCAACACCACCACCACCAUCACCACCACCACCUCCUCGGUCGCGGCUGCCGCCGCCACCGUCACCGUCACCACCACCACCUCCUCGGUCGCGGCUGCCGCCGCCACCGUCACCGUCACCACCACCACCACCACCUACGGCGACGACGCCUGGGCGUCAAAACUUCUUGCGGCCUGCUUCGCCGGGCUCGCCUGCCCACCCGUGCCCGCCUGCCCCCCGGUGCCCUCCUGCCCCCCGGUGCCCGCCUGUCCGCCGCCGCCCGCCUACCCGGCCUCGCCGGCUACCCCCGUGGGGACCAUCUUGGCCGUCUUGUUCGGCACCAUCUGUGCCGCGUGGGUCGCCCUGGCGUCUCGCGUCGUGAUACUGUCCGAUACCAUCUCCGACAUCAUGGCCGAGGUUACGUCUCUCCGUCAGACGCGCCACGUAUCUCGCAUCUAA